AUGAUGAACCGGCUCCCCCGCGAGCUUGUCGAAGAGAUUGUGCUAGUCUUUGCACACACGGCCGCCAAAAAUGACGUCCUGACCACGCGGCUCGUCUGCCGCGACUUCAACCACCUCCUGCGGCCCAUCGGCUGCCGCACACUUAACCUAGACUCGACCCGUCUCAACAAGCACUCCAAGCACUCCAAGCCUCGCCCAGAAGGCCUGCAGACGAUAGGCCAUCGCUGCAAGGCCCUUCACAUUGACAUGACUGUCUUGCGAGAUGACUACGAAGUUGAGACGCUGAGCACGCUGCUGCAGAGCCUCCCAAGCAUGGACGCCUUUUGCCGUGCCUUGCGGCACAAGUACUCCUUUAGCGAGACGGCGUUUACGGAGCACGACUUCUAUCAGGCUACCGCCGAGAUGCUCUUUUACUGUCGCGACGUUGACCGCGCGCGCAUCUGCCUCCCAUUCCCCGUCAUGGGCGUGCAGUGCAGCGCCGCCACGCGUGUCCUCGCCAACGCGCUCAAGGCCCUUGCCCAGCGGCCUGACGAGGACUCGACCGCGCUCGCGGCGCUCGUCGUCGACGGCGUCGCGGAUGACACCCUAUGCGAGCUCUGGAUGAACCCCUCGGAUGUUAUGAACAUGCAAGCGCUUCUCCCGUCUGUUGAGACGCUCGUCCUUGUCGUCCGCCGCCUCGGCGCCGGGUCCUUUUCUGCUACCGUGUUUGGCGUCGCCAUGUGGAACAUGAUCUGGCACGCGGCGCGGCUCAAGUCGCUCUGCCUGGCGGGCUCGAACAUGGUCCGGUCCGAGGACGGCACGUUGCAGCUGACGACGCUCGACAACAUGGACCGUGCCCAGUGGCUGGAGAAGCGGUUCCCGGGCCCUGGCGCCCAACUGACCCUACCUAAGCCUGCCUAUCUGGAGCUCAAGAACAUCAUGAUACUGCCAGAGGAUCUGCUGCGCAUUGCGGCCGCCUUUGGGCCGUCGCUAGAGGAGCUGCACAUGACGAAUGUUUGUAUCAUGACGCAGCAGUCUUUGACGGAGAAUACGAAUUCAGAUAUGCAUCUCUGGGUCGGGCUCCCCAACCAAGAUCCCGGCGAGCGUCUGUGGAUGGCGAUGCGAUUCCGCGCUCUGAUGCCAAAGCUGCGCAUCUGCCGCUGCUCCUACCUCAACUACAAGGUCUUGAUCGGCGCCGGCCUACCUCACUCUUACGACUUUGACUACGCCGACCCCUCGGGGCUCGGCCGUUUCGUCUCCCAGCGCUUCGUCGAGGUGGUCACCGGCGUUCGCCAGCCCCGCCUCUCCUCGGGCGAGCCCGCGUACAUGCGACCGCACGAUCCAGAGCACAACGAUCUCCUCCACAACCUCGCUGAACGGCGCUCGCGCCUCCCCAUGGCCGAGCAUGACUACAACGCGCACAGGCUCGCCUCGAUGGAUCGGCGGCCCGACUACCAAUACAGCAUCGACGGCCUGUUUCGCAACUGCGUCGACAGCUCCAUCAAGGAGCUGACUUAUAUCGCGGAAAUGGUCCGCGAGGGCGUCACGGUGCUACAGGAGCAGACGCGGAACGGCGUUCAUGGCGUGGAUACGCUGGCGCCGGACUUGCUGGCGCCGGAUCCGCCCGCAACGGGUUGA